GAUCUCUCAGAAUGUGACAUACGGACUCUUCCUUGCGGCCACUACAGACGACCCGAGCACGCCUGCUGCGAGUCUCGACUGGCAAGAGACAGAAGUCGUCAUACUGUCUUGUCUGAUUGCGCAAGGUGCCAAACGAGAGACGCUCUGGCAUCUCCGUGGUGCUCAAAGGAGCGGGCUCUCCAAUGACGAUAUCGAACAUCUCCAAUGCGCCAUCGAAGAGGCUAUUCGCUCGCAAGGCAAAGACAUCGUGCCUGACAUGCCCCGAGCGAGAGAUAUCAAGGAGCAGGACGACCUGUCUGCCGAGAGCGAGGAUUAGGCGCGCGUCAUCCUUUGAGAUCGAUAGCUGAGCGCGGAGCAGAUCGUAGACGCGCUUCAACCAGACUGUUGUACUCCACGCUUUGCACUGGCGCAUGCAAGCUGAACAAGCUCUGCAGCAGGCUCUGCAGCAGCUCUGCAGAGGGGACGCAAGCCAAGCAUCUCUGGCUGCUACAGCCGCAGCAUGGAGCACUGUACAGGAAGCUUGCCAGCCAGUCGACAGGCGUACUACUGCACCCCUGACACAGCUCGAUGCAGAUCUGCUACAGGCUUUCCAGAUUGUCGCAGAGGCGCAGCUUGAGCAAGACUUACUCGCUGACUAUCUCGACAAUGUCAGCGACAGAUUCGAAUGGAUAGAGCAGGACAUCGCUGCUUUCGAGCAGGCGUGGUCUCAAGAGGCUACUGCAAGUCAGAUGCACGCCUUUUUUGGCAUGCUCCUCGAAUGGAAAGACGCAUGGCAAGCUCCUCUGCUUGCCCUAGGAGGUGCCCAAGGUGUUCUAAUGGCUUACAUGACGCGCUUUACGGACACGCUCUUGCCGUGUCUGCCUGCAAGACUACCCGACGCCGUGCAAUUGCUCUUCAGCGACCUGCUCUCCGAUUCAUCGUCAAGCGAAUCGCUUCAGUCCCUCACGGCAAUGAGGCAGCUCGGUCUGCUCGCUCGCUAUGAACCCGUCGUCUACACCGUGGCUUACAGCAGAAUCGAAGAGACCGUACGCUCGACAUGCGCGAGCGUGUUCGAUACACCAGGAUUGCUUCAGCAGCUCAGAGACUGGAUCGUACAUACUCUUGCGCCCUGGCUCGGGCUCGUCUACGGCAGCGCAGAUGUCGACGCGCGGAAACUCUUUGCGCCCGCUUUGUUGCGCUUCGACCACCAUGUUCACAAGACCUUGUAUCAGCUUCGCCGGUCAGAGAUGUUCGAUAUCAUCGUCGACUUCCCAGAGUCACAAGCCUGUCUCGCCGAUCUAAGAGAGUGUAUUGGCAAGGCAGGCGAUAGAUCAGGGCUAGCCGACGACUUACGAGCUCAGACCGAACGUCGCCUUCUCCACCCUGGUGCUGACACCAGAGACAUCAUCACCCAGUACAUUUCGACCAUCAGAUGCCUUCGCAUCCUCGAUCCCACAGGCGUCUUGUUACUCCGCGUUGCAGAUCCCAUUCGUUCGUAUCUGAGGGCUCGUCCGGACGCUAUACGUUCUGUCGUCUCGCUGUUGAUCGAGGAAGAUGGCAGCAUGGCAGAGGAGCUAGGCGCAGGCGGCGAUGUCCUUGUCGAUGUUCGCGCAGAAACAGUCAGGCGAGAGGUCGAGGACUACUCUGAUCCCAAUUGGAUGCCUGACCCAGUCGACGCGCCACCCCAGUUCAGAGAGCGGGCCAAGGGCGAUGCAGUACAAAUGCUGGUCAGCAUCUACCAAUCGAAAGAUCUGAUCAUCAAGGAGUUGCAAGCUAUGCUUGCUACACGACUGCUUCAGCUCGAACACUAUGACUUUGACAGGGAACGAAGACAGAUCGAAAUACUCAAACUUCGGUUCGGUGAAGCGAGUCUGCAGAUCUGCGAUAAUAUGUUGCAGGAUAUUUCCGAUUCGAAGCGCGUCGAUGGUCUCAUACACAGUGCUGGCAAUGAGGCCCAAGAGACACACGCCAUCAUUGCUUCGAGAACUGCCUGGCCUGCCUUCAAUGAUCUUCCCAUCAAGCCGGCUCGGCAGCUGUUGCGCGCUCAGACUGCCUACGAAAAAGCCUAUAGAGUCACCAAGCCAGACAAGCGGCUCAAGUUCAAACACUCGCUCGGUUACGUCGUACUUGACCUGGAAUUCGAAGACCGUCAAUUUACGUGCGAAGCUACACCUAUACAAGCCUCCGUCCUCUACACGAUCCAGUCUGCUAAGCGCCCUCUGACGGUUGCAAACCUUGCCCACGCGCUUGCUACGAGGGAAGAAGCGCUUGUCCGUAGCGCGCUUGCUUUUUGGGCUCAGAAACGCGUGCUCAAGCCCGUCGGUGAUGAGUGGCAGAUCAUGGAGAGUCUCGAGGGCGAGGAAGACACACAGAUCGCUGCAGUUCCGAUAGACGAGAUUCAACCGGAAUCUGUUGCUACAGCCGACGAAGAGCUAGAGACCAUGCGUGUUCAUUGGGCAUUCAUCAAAGGAUUACUGGCCAACAUGGGCGCGAGCACGACAGAGCAGAUCCACAUGAUGCUCGAGCGACUCAUUCCGACAUAUUCUGGCUCGAGAGUCGACCGAAUGGCCGGCUUUCUCUCGAUGCUGCAGCGUGAGGGCCUCAUCGACGCGGACAAGGACAAGUGGCGUCUGAUCUAGCGUCCGUGCACCUACCAUGCUCCGCCGGAAGUCACCGCCUUUUACUCAAGGCGCUGAAGGACACGGACGAUCGCUCUGACCUCGCAUGACGA